AUGCUGAGGAUCGUCGCCUCCCGUGCCAGCCGUGCCCGCGGCGUCGCUGCCCGUCUGCUGAACUCCAGCACCUCCGUCACCGCGCCUUCCAUCGCUGAGACGGUCACCCUGCGAGCCUUCACCACCACCGCGCUGAAGAGCGGCGCCCUGCCCAUCCCCACCGGAGCCCAUGGCGUCAACUACCACAACGCCAACCCCGAGGGCGGCUACUCCUUCUUCAUGCCACGCCAGUCCCUGAUCGGCCCCGGCGCCCUGAAGACCGCCGGGAACAUCGUCAAGUCCCUGAACCUGAAGAAGGCCAUGAUCGUGACAGACGAGGGCCUGGCCAAGGCCGGUGCGGUGCAGCCCGUGCUGGACAUGCUGGCGGCCAACGGCGUGGAGGCCAUCGUCUUCCCCGGCGCCAAGCCCAACCCCACUGAUGAGAAUGUGGCUGACGGCCUGGCCAUGCUGAAGCAGCACGGUUGCGACUUCAUCGUCUCCUACGGCGGCGGCUCCUCCCACGACUGUGCCAAGGGCAUCGCCAUCGUGGCCACCAACGGCGGCCGCAUCCACGACUACGAGGGCGUGGACCGCUCCUCCAAGCCCAUCCUGCCCCUGGUGUCGGUCAACACCACCGCGGGUACCGCAUCGGAGAUGACGCGCUUCUGCAUCAUCACCGACUCCUCCCGCCGCGUGAAGAUGGCCAUCGUGGACAGCGCCGUCACCCCCACCAUUGCCGUGGACGACCCGGAGCUGAUGGUGAAGAUGCCCGCUGCGCUGACCGCGGCCACGGGCAUGGACGCGCUAACGCACGCGGUGGAGGCCUACAUGAGCACCAUCAGCAACCCGGUGACCGAUGCCUCGGCCCUGCACGCCAUGAAGCUGAUCAGCGCCUACCUGCGCACCGCCGUGUCCAACGGCAAGGACGCGCGCGCGCGCGACAUGAUGUCCUACGCCCAGUUCCUGGCGGGCAUGGCCUUCAACUCCGCCUCCCUGGGCUACGUCCACGCCAUGGCGCACCAGCUGGGCGGCUUCUACAACCUGCCCCACGGCGUCUGCAACGCCGUCCUCCUCCCCGUCAUCCAGGACUUCAACGCCUCCGCCGUCCCGGACCGCUUCGUGGACGUGGGCGAGGCGCUGGGCCUGGGCCGGCUGAGUGCCGCCGAGGCGCCGGCCGCCGUCGUGGCCGCCAUCCGCGAGCUGUCGCGCGAUGUCGGCAUCCCCGCCAACCUGGAGGCCCUGGGCGUGAAGCCCGAGGACUUUGACGUGCUGGCCGAGAACUCGCUCAAGGACGCGUGCGGGUUCACCAACCCCCGCCCCGCCACCAAGGACGAGAUCGUGGACCUUUUCCGCAAGGCCUACGAGCAGGGCAGCUCCGGCCAGGCCAUGGCCGCCUCUGCCUGA